ACGAACGAACUGAAACGAGUUUUUGGUAGUGCAGUGUCUUUAUUUGGAACACCUAAACUAGUAGUUUGUGACCGUAGGCGCAUGUUUGAGGCGUCUGCUUUCACUAACUGGGUUUCCGAAAUGGGUUGUGCUAUCCACUACAUGGCGCCCGUAAUGCACCACUCCAAUGGGCAAGCCGAGCGUUAUGUGAGGACAGUAUUGAACCUUAUCCGUGUAGAGAGUAACAAUAAAAAGUCUACUUGGUCUGAUGCUUUCUGUAAAAUACAAAUAAUGUUAAAUAUAACGAAACAAAAGACUACGCAAUAUUCCGCUCUUUAUUUACUAAUCGGUACUAAUGCGACCACUCCUAUUAUUCAUGCGCUCGUCCGAGAUGUUGCCAUGGAGAACUCCAGCCCCAAUCGUGAAGCCACAAGAGAAAUUAGCAGGAGCAACGCUAAAGCGGCGCUGGACAAAAACAGAAUUGGUCAAGACACACGGGUCAAUCGUCAAAGGCACACCCCAAAGAAAUUCCAGGUCAACGACCAGAUAACCCUGACGAUGACGAUGUUGGUGAAACUUCAGAUAGACCAGCAGACCCCGCUAGUGCAGACACAUCUCCACAAACGGGCAACGAGCAAGAACUCGCUGCAGUCACCAACACCACCUAAGAGCAUAACUUCAGUGUGUCCGAGGACGGCACACGGUCAGGAGAGGCCGUAUUAGAUAAUCUUACAGCAGGUGGCGUCGAUCCCCACCAUCACUGACAAAAAUGUCUUUCCCCCACCAACGUCUAUAAAAGCGAAUGCAGAGCCGACCAAGCGCUCUUUCGGCUGCUAGGAUCGCGGUUGAUACGGUGGUUGGUCUCGACGGUACUUGCUGUAGGUCAUUUAGGUCAUUUAGGUCAUUUUCGCGGAGUGUAAAUUAGCGUUUGUUUACUUCAUAAUUGUUUAAGUUAUUUUAAGAUCUUUGUAAAGUAUUUG